AAUGCGUAGUAAUUAAAUUACCCUCAGUUUUUGCGGUUCCGUAUUUCUGCUACCGGAAAUUAAAAAAUAGUUUUAUUGCUUUGUUACUGCAAUCGUUACUGUCAUUCCGCACUAGCUGUUGUGUGGUGCUCCAAAGUAGCCCAAAGUUUGUAAACAGUGAUCUCUUCCGUAGUUUUGGUUUCUGUGCUUGACACCGUUUAUUGCGAGGAGAAAGGCUAAUACUAUCCAGGAUAGGGCGUACAUAUCGCCCUUACGAUUACAGCGUGAGCCACUGUGAAUACGUCUGCACCUUUGUCUUUCUGUAAUCUGGCCGUGAAAUCCGUUUUACGCCGAUAUUUAGAGAACGCGCGCUGUUGCACGCUCCCAGCUGUGUUGAUGUCAUUGACCUUACCGCGUAGAGGCCAGUGCCCUUUGAAUGAAAGCGGCACAUACUUGUAACGUGUGCCAUUGAUGUGUCAUAAGCGCAGGUGUUGCAAAAGAACUUUGUGUAUUGGUGCCUAUGUCCAUAUCGAAGUUCCGGAUACGUUGAAUAUAGGUUGCUGAGGGGUCUUCCAAUGUACACUAGUGUGGUUUUCUGAAGGACUCGUGGAUGAUUGACAAUGUGGGAGAGGUGUCAAAGACAUUUUAGAUCUCCCACGCCUGUACCACACAUUAAAAAAAUAUCGGAGGAAAUAUAAGAGUGUUGCAGGGCCUUCGACGAUGGUGUCAACAAAUCACUGAAGAACAAUCGGAUCACCCAGUCAGCCUGCCUGCAAAAGGGAUCGGAGACCUGCAUCACAACACUUGAGUCACCACGGCGCCAGGUACGAAAUCACCGACGGACCCCAAGAUGAUGCCACCAACCAUUGUGGAUUACUUCCCGCAAGCAAAAGGGGACGGGCUCAACAUCUUGUGGGAACACGCAGUCAACAGCAAGGCUCGCCUUGCUGGGGCUCUCCAGGGUCCCGGAAUGAUCUUGGAAGGCGACAUAAGCAUGGGAGCCAACGGACGAUAUCCGGUCCCGGUAAUGGCGCACCCACCGGCUAUAUCCAGCGACAUUACGCUUGAGGAAUGGCUGCACGAGAUCUUACUCUGCGGAACCAAAGGCGUCAAGCUCGAUUUCAAGUCAACCGAAGUCGUUGAGCCUGCGUGCCGUAUCCUUGCACGUUUUGCUGAUAAGUUCCGUGGCCCAAUCGUCCUCAACGCAGACGUCCUGCCGGGACCGGACUGCUGCAUGUCACCUCCCGUGGAUGCAUGGACUUUUCUCACCCUGUGUCGUACACGAUUUCCUCGUGCCACAAUCUCCAUCGGAUGGACCACAGACGACGCUUCCUGCAUCAAAAUGGGGUACACGCGAGAAAUGACCGAAAGCAUGGGUGCCCUCGUGAGGGAAUACAACCUGGGACAGCCUGUCAGUUUCCCCGUCUGGCUUCCAUUAGUCAGACACGCUAUGGGUGACCUCCAGAGACUUCUUGCUCAGGUGCCACGUUCUUCGCUGACUGUGUUUGUCCGCGGUCCGUGCCGACCCACUGUUCUUCCAGACCUGGCCAUGUUGAGAAGCUCUUUCAGCCCUAGCCUCAUCUACUACGACCUUCCGCACGAUCUUCUCCGGGCUUUUCUGCCCCUUUCCUAAACGAGAAACAUUUAAUUUGGGGAGGACGACGAAGUGGGUACGGCAGUCAGCGAUGAUCCAUGACGUUGCGUGCAGUGCUGUCCUGUAGCUUUGUGGGGUAUGUGGAUACAUUGGAAUCCUGCUGAGUAGCAUCAGCGGAAGCAGUCAUUUUGGGUUCUGUGGUCACGGGGUAUAUGUGGAAACAGGACAGCAUUGUACAUUCUUGAAAAAAAAAAGGAAAGAAACAAAUCUGCUGACCCAGAAGUCACAACAUGCUCCUUCAUUAUAGUUUGACGAGAUGUAUAUGAAUUUGUUGGGCACCUCCAAAUUAUACAUGUCGACUACUAAAUGGCACUGCAGACUCACAAAGUUAUGUACCAUGGAAUCACAAAAAAUGAAAGAACAAGAAGAAGGAACAAAGGAAAAUCAAGUGGGGAUGUACUAUACCAUAUACUGUAUGUGUCAAUCUUAUCAUACGUUUCCACCAAAAUCAUUUCGUGUGCGAAGUCAGAUUGUCAAUGUCCGAGAAGAUGACUAAAGCAGUUAACUCGAUCGUCACCUCCCCAGUAACCCACCCCUUACUAAUUGAUUGAUCAUCCUGCUAAUCAAUCAAUCAAUCAAUCAAUCAAUCAAUUUAUACACGGCCUGAGAGCCAGUGAUCUCGGUGAAAUGCCAUGUGGCAUUUGUUCAUAAACCAUCGUUAGGUGUAUUAUUGAAACAGUAAUGGUGUCUAGUGUCCGUGUUUGCUUCGACAGACUUUGUUGUGCUUUAUCGUAUUAGAGAUGAAAGGAGUGAAAGCGCAUAUUAGGAGCUGUGAUUUAUGCAUGUUCUGCACAUUUCUUGACAUUUUGUUGCAUUCAUAUUUUUGAAAGAGAAAAUGUUCUUGGUUGACUGUAGACUUUAUCACCUAUCUUUUGAUGGACUUUUUUCUUUUUUUUUUGCUUUUGCUCGACUGUCUGACAAUAUAUUGUUCCUGCUUUUUCAUAGAGCACGGUGCAGCCACACCAAUACAAAAUCAGAGUUCCUCGGCGUACCGGAGUGUUUCUGUAGGAUAAUACAUAAUGCGUAGAAAUAUCCAACGAACUUGGAUGCUGUAGCAGCGAAUUAUGUCACAUGUUUGUGGAACUCUUAGUGCUGGGUGACAUGCCUCCAAACAGCCUUACGAGUAUAUGCCUUUUAAAAACCAUCUAGGGUUUACAGACUGCAUUUGAUAACUGCGAGAUUGAUGCCUCGCUACAUGCUAUACAUGCACUGGUGCUAGACUGCUUCGGUAGUCUUAACGAAAGACACGCUGAAGUAGGCCACGAUACAACAGUAGUUCAUCAGCACUAUUUUUGCUAUUUCACAUCUUGUGUGUAUAAACAUGUUUCCUAAAAUCACAUAUUUUUUUUUACGUUGAAAGGAUGGUAAUUUUCCAAAGAAAAAUCCUUUCUAGUUUAGUCUCAUCUGUCAGACACAUCAUUUUUGAAAGAGAAAUGUGAAAAUUGAAGCCAUCGUGUAAAGAUGAAUGACGAUCACACAGUAUCCCUGCAAUCUUGAAACUGAGACUCGCUUCCGUUUAGCUGCAGUUAACACCAUUCAAAAGCCUUUCUGCAAAACUGCUAAGACCUAGAUUGGCAGUAUUCCUUUAUCAGAAAUGGCCUGCAUUUUGGAACAGACAACUAGACUCUAUGCUUGGAACACCGUAUUUUCUUGUACGUGCAGUGGCUCUAGAGAACAUGGAAAAAGUACGAGCUAGGGAUUUGUGUGUCAAUGUUUCUUAGACAAGCCGCAUUGUUGCAGUUUCUCGUAAAUACGGUUUUCAUAGAAAUAACUGUAGCUUUUGCUUUCCUAGUCCUACAUUGCUUGACCUCUGUACGCACUGUACGUUGUAGUUGCCGCUUGAAAUGUUAUUAUAUUCCUUGUUAUGGUCUGUUUUGACGGACAGCCAAUGAGAGAAUUAUGUGCAAAAUGAUUGUUCGUAUACACGCAAAUAAAUGCUUGCUUAGAAUGGCACAAAAAAGCA